UUUCUUUUCAUUUUACUGGACAUUGUUCUUUCUUCCAGACAUGCCUCGUCAAUUUCCAAAAGUUACAAUCAGUGAGGUGGAGGAGAAGACACAGGUGCUGGCAGAGCAAGUGUAUGCGUCAGCACUGAAAGAAGAAGACAACAAGGAUGCCAUAUCAAUGUUCACAGUGCCAGAGGAUUGCCCGAUCGGCUUCCAGCAAGCCAAGGAUCAUGAGCUGCUCAAGGAGCUGGCAGAGCAACAGUCCGAGGAGAGUGCUAAGAGGAGAAAAAGCUUUAAGAUGAUUCGUUCCCAGUCACUGUCCCUGCAGAUCCCAGUGAAUACAGACUGCUCACGCUCAGUGGCAGAUACACCAUUACUGUCUCCCAGCUCCUUCUGCUCAUCAGUGCCAGAAAGCUGUCCUGAUUUCCAGAGGGUUACCAUCAGUGGUGAUUACUGUGCAGGAAUCACUGUGGAAGACUACGAACAGGCAGCCAAAGGUCUGUUUAAGGCUCUGCUUCUCCGAGAGAAGUUCUCAAAGCUCGCCUAUCAUAGGUUCAGCAGAACCACAAGCCAGUUUCUCCGCAGUGCUGACAACAUGAUAUGGUGUGAAGAAGAUGAGGUUCUGCCAGACAUGUACCCCUGCCCAGCAGAUCCCUACAGUAUGGAUAAUAUCCCUGAGAAUCUGAACUACGAGCUGAAGAUGAAGGAUGGGAUUGUGUGCGUGUAUGAUAACAAAGAGGCGCUCAUACAAAAUCAGCCCCAUGAUCUUCCUUACCCAGACUUUGAGACUUUUGCCAUAGAUCUCAGUCAUGUGCUGGCAAUGAUUGCUGAUGGACCCACGAAGACCUACUGUCACAGAAGACUUAACUUUUUGAGCUCAAAGUUUCACCUCCAUGAGAUGCUCAAUGAGAUGGCUGAGCUUAAGGAACUGAAAAGUGUGCCUCACAGAGAUUUUUACAAUGUUAGGAAGGUUGACACACAUAUUCACGCGGCUGCAUGUAUGUCUCAGAAGCAUCUGCUGACCUUCAUCCAGAAAACAUACAAGACAGAUGCAGACCGUGUAGUUUUAGAAAAGGAUGGACAAAAGAUGACCCUGCAGCAGGUUUUCCACAGCCUCAACAUGGAUGCAUAUAACCUCACUGUCGACUCUCUGGACGUACAUGCAGGGAGACAAACCUUUCACCGGUUUGACAAGUUCAAUUCAAAGUAUAACCCAGUGGGUGCCAGUGAGCUUCGAGAAGUCUUCCUGAAAACAGACAACUACAUAAACGGAGAAUAUUUUGCUCAGAUCAUAAAGGAGGUGGCUCAUGACUUGGAGGAGAGCAAGUAUCAAUACGCAGAGCCACGCCUGUCCAUUUAUGGCCGCUCUCCCAGUGAGUGGGAAAGUCUCUCAAAGUGGUUUAUUCACCACAAAGUGCAUUCGCCAAACAUGAGAUGGAUGAUUCAAGUGCCCAGAAUAUAUGAUAUUUUCAAGUCAAAGAAACUGGUACCUAACUUUGCCAAGAUGCUGGAGAACAUAUUCCUUCCUCUGUUCCAGGCGACCGUGAACCCACAGAAGCACAAAGAACUUCACAUCUUCCUCAAAUAUGUGUCGGGCUUUGACAGCGUGGAUGAUGAGUCCAAACACAGUGAUCACAUGUUCUCCUUUAGGAGCCCAAAGCCAGAGCAGUGGACCACGAGUGACAACCCACCUUACAGCUAUUACAUCUUCUACAUGUACGCAAACAUCAUGGUCCUCAACAAUCUGAGAAAAGAACAUGGACUGAGCACUUUCCAGUUCCGCCCCCACUGUGGAGAAGCGGGGUCAAUCACUCAUCUGGUCUCAGCCUUUCUCACGGCUGACAACAUCUCACAUGGACUCAAUUUGAAGAAGAGCCCUGUGCUGCAGUACCUGUACUACCUGGCUCAGGUGCCAAUUGCAAUGUCUCCACUCAGCAACAACAGCCUCUUCCUGGAAUACUCCAAAAAUCCUCUCAGAGAGUUCCUGCACAAAGGCCUGUGUGUGUCGCUGUCCACUGAUGAUCCCAUGCAGUUUCACUACACCAAGGAACCACUGAUGGAGGAGUAUGCCAUAGCAGCUCAGCUGUGGAAACUCAGCACCUGUGAUGUGUGUGAAAUAGCUAGGAACAGUGUGCUGCAAAGUGGAUUGUGUCACCAGGAAAAGAAGCACUUCUUGGGAGUGAACUAUCUGAAAGAUGGACACGAGGGGAACGACAUCCGUCGGACCAACGUUGCGCAGAUCCGCAUGGCCUACAGACACGAGACACUGUGCAAUGAACUUAGCUUUAUCGUUGAUGCCAUGAAGACUGAAGUUCUGAAUUUCCUUUAGGAACAAAAGGUGGUAGACAGAAUUAAAGCAAGUUGAGGUCUCAAGUAUAAUCAGUUACCUUUAUUUUGACAAGUGUCAUCAGGUGGAUACGAUUGCUAGCUAAAAUAAAUAGUCUCUUAAUCAGCAGUGCUUGGCUGGCUGCCCAUACACAGCAGAUGAGCACGAUAAUACAAAUUUGCAUGCUUCAAAUAACUUAUAGCACUUGGGUUUUAGCGGGUUUACAUUAAACCUGUGGAGGUGCCAGACCCGAGGGAAGCUGACUCACACUCGUCACUGUCAGUAAACAAACCUCAUAUUGUAUGUAUAAACAACCUUACACUGCAUUUUGUGACAUUAGUAUGCCAAAGAAGCAGUUGGAAAGUUAUCAUAUUCUGUGUACACUGCUCAUCAGACAUGAGACUGACCUGGGAUAGCAGACAUGAAUAAUGACAGGGAUAUUUACUUUUUACUUUUUUUUGGCACAUCUGCAACAUUUUGAAAAAUAUAUUGUGAUAUUGAAAGUCAUAAAUCAAGAAGUUAUUACACCUUCAUUACCUGAAGCACCAAAACACAAUGUUAAAGGACUUUUUAAAGGUUGUAAAUCCUCCAAAUCAUUGCAUUGACAAUAAUGCCCUCUAGUGGCGAAACUACAGCAUUGAAUUAAAUUAAAUGACAAAGUAAUAAAGACAUGAACA